AUGUAAUUUAAAUUAAUUAGAAAGAUUCAAGUGUAUAUUUUAAGUAAUAGAUUUAAUUGAUUAUUUGAAUUUAACCGCUUCGACACCGACCCAUCUGGUGGAGAACGUACGAACUAAAUUGGACGAAUCAAAAUAAUAGAAGACAUAACGACCCUAAUAACAUCCCGCGCUUUUUUUUUAGUUGACGCGCUGAGUAUUAACCUGUUGCACGCGUUGCAUCGAUCACGUGUUAUUUUUAACGUAACACAAACAACAAAUGAAAUCGUUUUCUUUUUUACACAUUUGAAUAAUGCACUAAUAAAAUAAAAAACAUUAUGGAUCCGAGCGAAGUAGUAUUUCUUGCAGAAAGAAAACUUGUCACUAUAGUGCCAAAUUUUAGUUUCGGUGCAAUACAUUUGAUCGCCGGUUCUAUUGGACCUUUUCGUGCUGGUUUACCUUUAAAAGUGCCAAUUUGGCUGGCAGUAAAUUUAAAACAACAACAAAGAUGUCGCAUAGUCAAUCCAGAAUGGAUGGAAACCGAAAGUUUAGAAGAAGUUGCAGAAACGGAAAAACUUUCCAAAUUAUUCACACAAAUGCCAAGCAGUCAUUAUAUGGACGAAGCUCAACUUUUACUUAGCGUAGCAAGCGAUGAUAUACACGGAUCAGAAAAAAUAAGGACAGCUAUUAAAGAUAUAUGGGAUUUAAGAAUGUCUAAAUUACGUACUUCUGUAGAUUCAUUUAUAAAGAGUGAUACCACACACGCAAGACUUGAUCAUCUUACCAUGAUGGAAAUCAAUAGUAUACGUCCAUUACUACCACAUUCUUUAGAUCAAAUAUUAAGAAUUCAAUCCAAUGUCAGCAAUGCAGGAAAUACUACUACCUCUCAAUAAAAAUACUCUUAUUUUUAAUGUCAAGGAUAUAAGGGAUAAUUAAUAA